CCGAGAGGGAGGCUGAGUGACACAGUGGCGGAGUGGCAGAGUGGCGGCCCCAGGAGGGGGUUCCAGGGGUGGGAGAGGGACGCUCAGGGACGAGCCUCCGGCGGGGCCCCCGCCUCCGUCACGUGGGUGCGGGACCCAGCGGCUGCCGGUCGGGCUGCUGGUUGGUCGAACACUUGGUCGGUGGGACGGUGGCCUGUGACUGGGUCCUACGCUCUCAUGUUCGGAGGUGGGAGGGGCACAGGAGCGGCCAGCACACCUGAUCCGCCCGGAGAGAAGCGGCGGCCCCGCAUCCAGUAACAGGAAGAAGAGACUAAGCAGACAAAAAGAGUCAUGGCUUCUGAUGCUAGUCACGCCUUGGAAGCUGCCUUGGAGCAGAUGGAUGGGAUCAUUGCAGGCACUAAAACAGGGGCAGAUAUUAGUGAUGGUACCUGUGAGCCUGGACUGUCUUCCCCAGCCCCUUACAUGAACCCCCUCCAUCUCAUCGAGGACUUGAGGCUGGCCCUGGAGAUGUUGGAACUUCCUCAGGAGAGAGAAGCCCUUCUGAGCCAGAUCCCUGGCCCAACAGCUACCUAUAUAAAAGAGUGGUUUGAGGAGAGUUUGUCCCAGGCAAAUCACCACGGUGCUGCUAGUAAUGAAACCUACCAGGAACGCCUGGCACGUCUAGAAGGAGAUAAGGAGUCCCUCAUAUUACAGGUGAGUGUUCUCACAGACCAAGUGGAAGCUCAAGGAGAGAAGAUUCGGGACCUAGAAGUGUGUCUGGAAGGACACCAGGUGAAACUCAAUGCUGCUGAAGAAAUGCUUCAACAGGAGUUGCUAAGUCGCACAUCUCUUGAGACCCAGAAGCUUGAUCUGCUGACUGAAGUGUCUGAGCUGAAGCUCAAGCUGGUUGGCAUGGAGAAGGAGCAAAGAGAGCAAGAGGAAAAGCAGAGAAAAGCAGAGUCGGUUCUGAAUGUGAUCAGUGAGCUGCAGGAGCAAAUGUGUAGGCUGCAGAUGGACAUCCACAGGCAGAUCCAAGAGCGCCUCUUACUCAGUAGGGACCACCCUGAGGAGGUGGCGGCCAGCAGCUGUGUGGCUGAGCCCCAACCUUGCAGCCAGAACUGUGCCCCUUGGGAGGGUUCACCUGAAUUACUACAAGAGCUCAAGCACCUCAAAAUCAAAGUGGAAGAGUUGGAAAAUGAACGGAAUCAAUAUGAGUGGAAGCUGAAGGCCACUAAGGCUGAGGUAGCCCAGCUGCAAGAGCAAGUGGCUCUGAAAGAUGCAGAAAUUGAGCGUCUACAUAGCCAACUCUCAAGGACCACAGCUCUUCACAGUGACCAUGCAGAAAGAGAUCAAGAAAUUCAACGUCUGAAAAUGGGGAUGGAAACAUUGCUUGUUGCCAAUGAAGAUAAGGACCGUCGGAUAGAGGAGCUCACGGGGCUCUUGAAUCAGUACCGAAGGGUGAAGGAGAUCGUGAUGGCAACUCAAGGGCCUUCAGAGAGAACUCUCUCCAUCAAUGAAGAAGAACUGGAGGGAAGUUUCAGAAAGUGGAACACUGCAAAUAAAAACCCUGAAGAAUUAUUUAAACAAGAGCAGAUGCCUCCAAGAUGCAGCUCUCCCACAGUGGGACCACCUCCUUUGCCACAGAAAUCACUGGAAACCAGGGCUCAGAAAAAGCUCUCCUGUAGUCUGGAAGAUUUGAGAAGUGAAUCUGUGGAUAAGUGUGUCAAUGGGAAGCAGCUCUCCCCGGCAGUAGAACCCAAGGACAGCUCUUUCCUGGUGGAACAGAAAUACCCUACAUUACCUGGGAAACUUUCAGGAUCCACGCCCAAUGGUGAAGCUGCUAAAUCUACUCCUGCCACCUCCCAGCCUGACACUGCAGGAAGCAACCUGCUAAGGCUGAAUCGUGGCCGGAGUGUCAGUGCCCCUGUAUUAGGUACUGUACCUGUACCAGGAGACACAGAAAGCAGUUGGGAAAAUCCUGCCAUAGCCAAUGAACUCUCCUCCACCUCAUCGGGUACUGAGUCAAGCCCCCAGUCCCCUCUGACACCAGAUGGUAAACGGAGCCCCAAAGGAAUCAAGAAAUUCUGGGGAAAAAUCCGAAGAACUCAAUCAGGAAAUUUCAACACUGAUGCACCAGGUAUGGCAGAGUUUCGACGAGGUGGGCUCCGGGCAACCGCAGGGCCAAGACUCUCUAGGACCAGAGAUUCUAAGGGACAGAAAAGUGACGCCAAUGCCCCUUUUGCCCAGUGGAGCACAGAGCGUGUAUGUUCAUGGCUUGAGGACUUCGGCCUGGCUCAGUAUGUGAUCUUUGCCAGGCAGUGGGUGACGUCUGGCCACACUUUACUGACAGCUACCCCCCAGGACAUGGAAAAGGAACUAGGAAUAAAGCACCCUCUUCACAGAAAGAAACUUGUUUUAGCAGUGAAAGCCAUCAACACCAAGCAGGAAGAGAAGUCUGCACUGCUGGACCACAUUUGGGUGACACGGUGGCUUGAUGACAUUGGCUUACCCCAAUACAAAGACCAGUUUCAUGAAUCCAGAGUUGACGGACGAAUGCUCCAAUACCUAACUGUGAAUGAUUUACUCUUCUUAAAAGUCACCAGCCAGCUACAUCAUCUCAGCAUCAAAUGUGCCAUUCAUGUGCUGCAUGUCAACAAGUUCAACCCCCACUGCCUGCAUCGGCGCCCAGCUGAUGAGAGUAACCUUUCUCCUUCAGAAGUUGUGCAAUGGUCCAAUCACAGGGUGAUGGAAUGGUUGCGAUCUGUGGACCUGGCCGAGUAUGCACCCAACCUUCGAGGGAGUGGUGUCCAUGGAGGUCUCAUUAUUCUAGAGCCACGCUUCACUGGGGACACCCUGGCUAUGCUUCUCAAUAUCCCACCACAGAAGACACUCCUCAGGCGCCACCUGAACACCAAAUUCAGUGCCCUGAUUGGUCCUGAGGCUGAACAGGAAAAGCGAGAUAAAAUGGCCUCACCAGCUUACACACCACUGACUACCACAGCCAAAGUCCGGCCAAGGAAACUAGGAUUUUCACAUUUUGGAAACAUAAGAAAAAAGAAGUUUGAUGAAUCCACAGACUACAUUUGCCCAAUGGAGUCUAAUGAUGCUAUCAGUGACAGUAACAGGGUCUACAGUGGCUGCCGAGGCCUCAGCCCCCUUGAUGCUCCUGAACUAGAUGGGCUGGACCAGGUGGGACAGAUGGCGCCUUCUGAAGGCACUGUGACGCAGAUAGGGCUUCUCUCCCAAGACAUUCAUCGCCUUACGACUCUGUUGAGCCAGGACCAGCUGCUGAAUGACUCUCGCCUGGCUGCCCCCAACAACUCUGAUGACUGGAGAUGACAUUCUUCAUGGCUGAGAGCCCAGAGAGGCACAUGUGGGGCCCUGAGUCUUUGCCUCAAUGGGGAGCUGGCACACAGCCAUCUGUAAUAUGUAGAUGGGGUGGUGGGGCAUCUCAGAUGUGGACGCUGACAAGCAAAGCACAAUGGUGGGACAGCUGUCCAGGAGGUGGCCCUCAUGUCCCUAUGUGUUUUCAACUGUGCUGUGUUCUUUACCAAAGCUUUUCUACCUUUUGUACUUUUAUACGUGGACUGCAGACCACUUUGUGGGGAGUGCAGUGAGAUAUCAACACACAGACUCGAUGGUUCAUGCUGUUCCUGGUGACAGCUGGGCGGCUCUUACACCAAAGGGGAAGAGCUGUUAGUUCAUAAAUCCUCCUCUGGAAAAAAGAAAAGUUAGGAAAAACUGUUCGAGUGUUCUGUAGUGAUUGAGUGGGGCAAAAGGACCAUUGGAAGCUCGCUCUGGGCUGCUUCACAGGAGCAUCUUUUCCAUUCACAGAAGUCUGACUGGGGAGGGUAUUCAGGGCAAGAGCAAUGGGACUCCUGUUGCCCUGGCUGCCCUCCAUCCUCACCCAUCUGCAGUGGGGAUUUGCUGGGCCUCCCAGUAUCUGCACAGAGGAGUUCCCAACACACACACCCCCCUCCCUCCUCUCAUCAUGACCCAGGAUCAGAGGUUGGAUCUCACUAACCUCUGAGGCCUUUCCCUCAUUGUCCUCAAGUGUAAUGUGCUUUAACAGCUCUCUCCAGUGGAAGGCCGCUGGACACCCUGAACUCAUUUCUACUGCAACUCAUUAUCUUCCCAAGCAAGCUUGUUCCCUUUCUAAUGUCUCUCACUUCAGAGAGCUGCCACUGAGCCCCAGUCAGUGUCCCUUCCCAACCAGCCUCUUCCUCCCUCCCACCUCCACACUCUAGUUCCAGCUUCAUCUCUCAUCUGAUUGUUGCGGCUGGUCUUCUUAGUCCCUCAUCAUCCCAGUUGGUCCCCUCCAGACAUUUCUCUACCCCAUCCCCAUGAUGACCUUCCCAAAACACUGUUUUAAUCCUGUCAUUUCUCAGAAUUCCUCAGUUAAAUUACCACAGAUGGGCAUCCCAGUCCCUUCUCCAUCAUCAGCCUUUCUGGUCCAAUAUUGAGCUUCCCUCCCUCCAGGCCUUUGCAACACAGAUACUACCUCUUCUACAUCUCUCAGGAAGCCUUCACUCCUAUUCCAGUUAGAGGUCAACUCUGUCCCACAGUGCUGUUUGUCCUUGAAUCUGAACACUUCACAACUUGCCUUGAAGCUAUGUGUUGUCCAUAACCUACCCCAAUUCCAAACCCACUGAGCACCUGCUAUGGCCUGCAGCCUGUACAGAUAUGGGUAAGCCCAGUCCUAGUCCUCAAACUGCUUCUUGAUCAGGUUCCUGCUGACCAGCAUCCUCAGUCUCUACACUAGAUGCCAGUAGCACCUUUCUUCUAGUUGUGACAACCAGAACGUCUCCAGACUUUGUCAAAUGUUCCCACAGAGGAGAGGGGACAAAACUAUCCCCAACUGAGAAUCACUGGGCUAGAGAAUGAAUCAGAGAAGGGAGACCCAGGGAAGAAAAAAAAUCAAAUGAGGUCAGCAGGAGCCCAGUCAAGAAAGAUCUUGCAAACUAGGCCCCUGGAAUAUGUCCUAGAGACAGAGGAGUGGCCAGGAUGGGUACUAGAGUGAAAGCGGAGCAGGGUUUAAAGUUGGCGACAAGCAUGGUCAGAUCUGCAAUUAAGAGCAAAACCUGAGGUCAGGAUCUUAUCAUAAAGUGCCCAGCAGAGUGUUGUUCCCUGAGCUGGAGAUUCCCUGCAGACAUGCUGAACUGGUAGGUAGAUGAACUCUGGCCAGCCUUUCCCUCCAGCCCCCAAAAGACCUUCUGUAAGACCAUCCCAGUGUUGGCCACCUUUGGGCAAAACAGCUGUACUGCAGAGAGUUCCCUAGAGCUGAAUUCAUCUUCUCCUGUGCUCCUUCCUCCCCUCCUGCUGUCCUGCAUACACGUAUAGAGUGGGUAAAAAAUCCAGUGGUACCAAGGUCAAUACUGCUGCUAUUAUGCCAGUGUUUGUGAAAGGAGGAACAACUUGAAUAAAUAUCUGGAUUAAGAGGUCCUACCCACUCAGAUAACAGAGCAGCAACGUGUCGUCCUGGCAAUAAUGGUCCUUUGUAUCACUUGGGGUUAGUGACAGGAUUUAAGGCAGAGCUUCUGGAACCUACACGCAAGUUGAGAAGCUUCUGUUACAUAUGUAACCACCCCUACCCUUGCCUGAUGCCAGGAAAGAGCCUGACACCUAGAGGAUUCUUAAAAAAUAAUGCACUCCAUGCCACCAUCUGUUUGCCCAAAGCAGGGAGUCUGGAAGGAGUUCCCAGAGCCCACCUACCCUGGGGAUUUAUUUCCUUGAUGUGUGUGCCUUUAAUCCCAUUCCCACUUCAAGGCGUCACAGGAGAGAAGAGUGCGUUAUGGAGGGUGCCUGAAACCUCUUGUAGGCCUGACCUUAAAAGCAGAACACUCCGAAGAGAAGUUCAAGAGAGAUUAGUGGGAAUUGCUGUGAUCCUACCUGGAUUCUGCUGGAAUUCUGCUCUGGCACUAUUGCAAUUCUGACCCUGCUGGGGACACACAGAAGCGAACUCUUAAGCAGGGCAGACAAGGCCCAGUGGGUCCCUCACAGAGCCACACUUCAUGUGCUAUCUGCUGAGUACUUAAGUUUAUUUUACUAAACUAUGGAGAAAGAUACUAUAACAGAGCUCUUUCCAGCCUUCAAGACAGGCCUCAAAAGUCACUUUGUCUCCAGCCUCUUGAACACUUCUUCUUAGGCCCACACUCAAAAGGGGAGUGCCAGUGUGUGGGCCCAAGUGUGCAUAGAGAGGCACCUUUGAAAACAUCCCAGUUUAACAUGGAGAAGCUGAAUUCACUCUGAAACAGAGGAAAGGGACCCAGGAAAAUUUCUAGGAAUACAGGAAAUAUUAGUAGGUGAAAAUCAUGUCCUUGGUAUAACCCAGUUUCUCCAGGUUGGGGUGAGCUGCUUUCUGGAUCAGGGGUGGUGGGCCACACACCAGGAUGAGUGUGGUUU